UUGGUGUGGUUUCUCUUCAGUUGUCCCUGCUCUCUUAUGAAGAUGGAGUUUUGGAUCCCAGCUCUAUCAUUCCUCUGAUAGAUGGAGGGACAGAGGGCUUUAAAGGGAAUGCAAGAGUCAUCCUGCCGGGAAUGACAGCCUGUAUAGACUGCACACUGGAGCUUUACCCACCACAAAUCACUUUCCCAAUGUGCACUAUUGCCUCAAUGCCACGGCUACCAGAGCACUGCAUAGAGUAUGUGAGAGUGCUGCAGUGGCCCAAAGACAAACACUUUGGAGAUGCUGUUGGUCUGGAUGGUGAUAACCCAGAGCACGUUCAGUGGGUGUUCCAGGAGUCUUUAAAGAGAGCAACUGAGUUUAAUAUCACUGGUGUCACCUACAGACUCACUCAAGGUGUGGUUAAACGAAUCAUCCCUGCUGUUGCAUCCACAAAUGCAGUCAUCGCUGCUUCUUGCGCCACAGAGGUUUUUAAAAUUGCUACAAGUCUGACUGAGAAUGCUUCUCUUCAAAUGAAGUCCCCAGCUAUCACUGCAACACUUGAAGGCAAAAAUAAAACGCUCUACCUGCAGAGCAUUGCCUCAAUUGAAGAAAGAACAAGACCCAAUCUCUGCAAAACUUUGAAAGAGUUGGGAUUGGCUGAUGGACAGGAGUUAGCUGUUGCUGAUGUCACCACACCUCAGACUGUCCUCUUCAAGCUCAACUUCACAUCAGAAACAUGCAGCAUUAAACAAGUACAAAAUUAAUUUAAUGGCAGAGGUUCCUCAAAUUCACCUGCAACAGUUUAUUUGCAGCAUAUACCUAAAUAACUCCCUUCAUGUGUAGAGUCUGUAUUUGCUUUGUACUUCAAACUGAAACAUCAUGUAUUUGUUUUCAAUACAUGUAAUUUGCAACACAUCAUUUAUUAGGAAUGUUGUCAUUUUAUCAACCAACUAUCCAGACAAUUUUAGGAUUAUUAUGCAAGGAUGAUGAGACCUGUGCCACAAAGCAAGUUUAACCAGUUAGAAUUAAGUACUACAAAGGUGGAUUGGUGUUCAUUGGAAUAGUAGCAAACACUGCACAACUAACUUGCUCCAGUGCAAGUUAGUCUCAAUCACAGGUCACAAACAUAUAUUUGACCAAUCGGCUUGUCUCAGACGUGCAAUGAAGUCACUCAUCCUGUAUCUCUCACUCUGUGUUCAUCAUGAUCUCUUAUGCUGUGUAAGUGUUUACAUUCUUCAUGUUUUUUUUACAUAUAUACUGUAUAUAAUGAACAAUGAUGAAACCAAUCCUGUAUUGAAUUUCUUUAAAUAGUUUUGUAGUACAGUCCUCUGGUAAUCCUGUCAGUUGCAGGUUU